UGCUGCGUCUCUGUCCAUCAGCCUCAGAGCCAGCUCUGGCUGUGACAAGAUGGGGCUGCCCCAGCCAGGGCUGUGGCUGAAGAGGCUCUGGAUACUCCUGCAGGUGACCCUGCAUGUGACUUUGGGCAAAGUACAACUGAAACUGUUUCCCGGGAGAGUCAAGCAGCAUAUCUUGGCCAUGAACCGGAAGAACCCACACUUCUCCUAUGAUAACUGGGCUCCAACCCUCUUCAGCACCCAGUAUUUCUGGUUCAUCCUGAAGGUCCGUUGGCAACGACUGGAGGACAAGACUGAGGAAGGGAGUCUAGCUCCAAACUGCCCUGUGGUCCGCCUUUCAGGACAGAGGUGUCACAUUUGGGACUUCAUGCAAGGCAACAGGCCACUGGUGCUGAAUUUUGGAAGUUGUACCUGACCUUCAUUUCUUUUCAAACUUGACCAAUUCAAGAGACUUAUUGAAGACUUUAGCGCCAUAGCAGAUUUUCUCGUCAUUUACAUUGAAGAAGCACAUGCAUCAGAUGGCUGGGCUUUUAAGGACAACGUGGUCAUCAAGAAUCACCGGAACCUCCAGGACCGCCUCCAGGCAGCCCACCUGCUCCUGGACAGGAGCCCCCGGUGCCCUGUGGUGGUGGACACAAUGAAGAACCAGAGCAGCCAGCUCUACGCGGCGCUGCCCGACAGGCUCUACGUGCUCCAGGAGGGCAGGAUCCUCUACAAGGGUAAGCCUGGCCCUUGGAACUAUCACCCAGAGGAAGUUCGUGCUGUUCUGGAAAAACUCCGCAGUUAACCUGGACGCAUCCCCCAGUUCCAGUGACCAAGACGAAGGCUCCUCAAGGCUUGGCUCUCCCCCCAACCCAGCUGGCUUUUACCUCUUGACCUGUGUCUCAGUGGAAUUACUAGCUCAGAUUUUUCUGAUCUAAGCAAACAGUUGUUAUUAUCAGAAAAUGAAGCAGCCAGUGAGCUGAGUGUUAAAGAAUGUACAGCUCCACACUGUCUCCACUGUGGACACCACUUCACAGCAUGACGUCUGAGUAUGAGCAGUCGUCCUCUGGGUGUACUUCUCAAACGUGGUCUCUCCAGUUGCCCUAGUACCAAGUGAUUAGAUAUGGCAUCCCUUAAGUUAGGUAAAUGCAUUUUACCAAAUUUGUCAUUUAUGGAACUGAUUGAUAUUUAAGACACUACACUGGUUUUCAGACCCAAGCAUGCGAGAACUCCAGGUGUUUAGAGAGAGAUGAGGAAUUGAAAAAGGAGGGAGUAGGGAUGAGAGGAGACAGUAAAGAUGGUAAUCCUUUCCCUGCCAAAAAACUGAAACCAGUCAAUGGUGGUGGUGGUGAGGGGUGAGCUUCCAUGGUAAUGCAUCUCCAAUUCUACUGUAGAAGAGGUGGGUACUUACUUUACAAUCUUUGAAUAUAUUUCAUAGAAAUCUGGCUCUCUGUAUUCUGGAAUCUUCUACUAUCUUUACUUAUCAAUGGAGUCACUUGGGAGGGGGAGGGCUGGCUUCCCCAAAACAUUAUAACCUUGACCAAACUAGACAACAGGCACCAGCAAAGCUGUCGUUCAGUUAUGCAGAAGCUCAUACUUGAAGUUCUAUUUCUCAGAUUUUUUUUGCAAGUCUCUUAAUGGUCAUUUGUGUUCAGUUAUAUCAGACUAAUGGAUAACCAUUGGUACUCAUCUGUUUUAACUCUGCUUCUCUUCAUAUUUGUUUAUGACGGCCACAGCCUAAAGUACACACAGCUGUGACUUGAUUUGAAAAUAAAAUAUUUGAAGAUGUAGCAAGCUAAUACAGAAUGAUUAAAAUACAUGAGCCCAUUUGGGAUGGCUUCAGUGUGAUCUAUUUUCUUUUCCAAUUUGUGUCAGCCUGUUCUAUCUUUUAUGAUACCCCAAUGUGCAGUAAUCUGAUUCGCAAAAAUACCAUAUGCUGGAAGGGCCUCAUUUGAUGGGAAGAACACUCAGUCUCUGUGUUACAUGUCAAAUGUGGUUUUGUCUUAUGAACUCCCGAUAGAGAAUUUUUCCACAUUGGAAUCAAAAAACCUUCACAACGUGACAUAAAAGAAUGAACUUGGGAGACAUUCUUCUAAUAUGAAAACACAUUUUCCUUGGCCCUGCCUUAAUUACUACAAAGUUAAUAUUACUAAUGUGCUAUUUAGCCCUUUCUAAAAUAGCUAUUUUUAGUCACCUACCUAGACACCAGGGCUUUCAGAUAUGUUAUCUCAUUUGAUCUCUAUAUUAUCUCAAAGAGGAAACUUGUUAUCUCCAUUUUACUAGUGAGGAAAUCAAGGCUCAGCAUUAAGUAACUUGUGGAGGGUCUCAAAUUAGUAAGUAACAAGCUGAGAUUCGAACCCCAUCUCUAACUUCAGGGUCAGAGUCCUGGCUCUACUCCCUGCUAGCUGUGUGACUUGGUAUCUUGAGCUAUAAUGGGAUAUCAAUAGUGCCUACCCCAUAGAGAGGAUUCAUGAGUUAAGCACUCAGAACUGUGCCUGGUUUGAAUACAAUUCCAUGGAAGCAUUGGCCAUUAUUAUUAUUAUUAUUAUUAAUUAUUAUUUAUUAUUAUCAUCAUUGUUGUUCCACAACUGCCUCCUCGGGCUCCCUUUUAAGGGGUGAGGAGUGGAAAGAAGACAGAACAGUAGGGACACAAUAACAGUUCUUCAACUUGCCAAAGCAACUGUUCAAUACUGGCAGGAGUUUGUGAAGGCAAACUGAAAGGUGAGUAGCUGUGAAAAUGGUGGAACCAAAGCACCUCUGAGCACUGUCCUCCCUAAGUCUUAAGUUCACUUCUCAGAUGGUCUUCCAGUUCAUGGCUAUAAGUGCACAGAAACCUCCCAGUUUUCAACAAAUAGUAGCUGGAACUGAGGAAUUUACAGAAUUAUAAAAUAGACCCCAAGUGUUCCAAUUCAAUUCUCUUCAAUUCAAUGCAUCAGACAUCAAUUGAGCAUUGAGUCUUCUUUUCUGGGUGCUGAGUGAUGCAAAGGUGGACAAGGUCCAGCUAUCGUCUUCCAGAACCUUAACCUCAUGGGAUACCAGAUGUACACUGUGAUUACCAUAAUUCAAGGUGGAAUAUGAUGGGUUAGAGCUGAGGUAAAGACUAAAUGCUCGGGGAAUACAGAGGAGAGAAAUCCCUCUGAGCUGGCUGCACUUGGGAAAGCACUAUGGAGGUGGCGACCUUUGGGGUGCCCAAUGCUUCCAUAAUUUGGGAUGGGAACCUGGAGAACAUGGGAAGAGAUGGGCAUUUAAGUGGAGAACACUACAUGGGCAAAGGUGGAAAGUGAACAUGUGUAGAGGACUGCAAGAGGUUUGGGCUCAAUUUUAAUUCACAAUGAAGAAGGGCUUUUCUCUUUGAAGGUGAACCCUCUGGGUCUGGAUAACAAGAAUGAACCCAUUCUGCUUGGCUAAUAUUGUAAACUAUUGAUAAGUGAAUGAAGCUUUUUAUUAUUUCCUGUCUAGCUCCAGGUACAAUUUGCAGUCAGAACAUCAACUCUGUCUGCUUUUGACAGAUUUCCCCCCAGUUCACUUGUUCUCUGAAGGUGAUGUCCUUUGGGGUACCUGGCUUUGGGGGGGGGGGCAAUGAGCCCAUACCCCAUUCUGGCAGAUGCAAGACAUUGCCUUGUGUGCCUGACAGGAGGUCUAUAUCCCCAUGUGGAUGAAAGGGGCCACAUGCUGACCUGACAAGCUCAGGGAAGGCCUGCAUGGCCAUCUUGCAAACUCAGAGACCUAAAGUAACCACAAAGGAUGGUCUGAAAUUAAACGUUAACUAAAAGCAGUUAUGAUGGGUAGUCACCUCUUAGGCCGGUAUCUUCACUGACAAAAUCAACCUUUACCUUAACUGAGCCUAUCUGUCUUUUUGCAUCUAUGAUAACAUACCCUUUGAAAUGUCUGGGUAACUUGUAACUUCCUUUUUUCUGGACCCCUUGAGGCACAACCUAAGGUACUGGGAGCCAGGACAGAUACCACAAAUUCCUUCAUUAUCAUGUUAAUUGUUCCUGCACCCACCUAAGUAUCCAAUCCCAGGGGAUCCCCCCCCACCCCACCCCCACGCCUGCUUUGCUUUCUCCUGCCUCUCUAGUCUAUCACCAAUGGAUUUCAUGUAACCCACCUACGUCCCCUUCCUUUGAUUGCAAUGUAUAAAUACAGAUGUAACCAGCCAUUCUCUGGAGCAUUAUCUCAAUUCUCUGAGGUUCUGCUUCCUGGCAUAUGUCGAUGGUUUGGCUCAAAUAAACUCACAAAAAUUCUU